UGACAUGGCGGGUGAUCACGUUACCUUCUCUUAUUAAUUCCCAUUGAUCAAUUCUUUUUCUCAUUCUUUUUCAGAAAUUUCACUGCAGUUCUUAGAGUCUCUUCAAAUUAUUAAAGCCCCUUUGAAUCAUUUCUCUCAUAGAUCCAUUUUUUUUGGUUCUUUAGCUUCCGAGUUUCUCCCAUUCCGGAUUGACAAGAGAUUCUGUUUCCAGUUCAGCAAGUAUUUUGGAGAAAGAUUUUGGAAGAAUUCAUCACCAGUAGUUUAAUAUAUAUGAUGUGUUUGUCUCCUCUUCUUCUUCUUCUUUCUUCUUCUUCUUCUUCUUCUCUUCUUUAAUUCCUUCUGUUGGAUUUUUGGUUUUAUGCUUUUUGUUUGUUACAUAUUUUUCGUAUUUGGGAUUUUGCGUAUUUUUUGACUUAAUUGGAUGAAUGAAUUGAACAUCUUUUUGUGAAUUUUUGCAAAUUGAUUUUUGCAAAUAACCUCAUCCAAAUAUUUGUUCGGUUUAUUUGGAUGUCUCCUCAUACCCGCCAUAAUCAAUUCCACCGAAAUACAAGAUUAACACUACCAUUACUGGUAUGAGAGAAAAAAUACUCGAUUGCCUACUAACCUUGUCAUAUCCCGCCUAAUUACCUCAUCCAAAUACUUGUUCCGUUUAUUUGGAUGUCUCCUCAUACCCACCAUAAUCAAUCCCACCGAAAUACAAGAUUAACACUACCAUUACUGGUAUGAGAGAAAAGAUGCUCGAUUGCCUACUAACCUUGUCAUAUCCCGCCUAAUUACCUCAUCCAAAUACUUGUUCGGUUUAUUUGGAUGUCUCCUCAUACCAACCAUAAUCAAUCCCACCGAAAUACAAGAUUAACACUACCAUUACUGGUAUGAGAAAAAAGAUGCUCGAUUGCCUACUAACCUUGUCAUGUCCCGCCUAAUUACCACAUCCAAAUACUUGUUCGGUUUAAUUCUAUAUCUCCUCAUACCCACAAUUAUCAAUCUCACUGGGGCAUCAGACAUUUCAAUUCACACGUUCGAACCAUCUCAGCCUCCAUUGUGACAUAUUUAGAUAAGACAAAAAAUACAUUUGACCCAAAUAUUAACGGAGGCGAAUUUGAACCAUUUGUGAAAGAACAAUGGAGAAUUUGACCCUUUUCCCAGACUUCCUCUGAAAUUUGAAAUCAGCUCCAGAGCAAAGACGUAUAGAAAAUACCCUAGUCAAAGAUAUCUCUCCUCCAAAUCCAACUAUGGCGAUGAGCAAAGCUGCAAAACUACCCGAAGAAAUCAUAAUUGACAUACUUUCCCUCCUACCUGCAAAGUUUAUAGGCCAAUAUAGGUGCGUGUCAAAGCAGUGGUGUAACCUUCUCUCAGACCCACAAUUCAUCAAAUCUCACCAAACCAUCCAUGCCCAUAAAGGAGAAGAGAAACUCAUCUAUGUCUCUUGGUAUCGCGAACUUCAAACUAUCACGUUUAACCACAACCCCCAAAAUGGAAUCGAUAUCAUCUCAAGGACGCUUAAUUUGCAGCAGCUUUCAAACAGCUGGGUAAGUGUUGCUGGCUCAUGCAAUGGCUUGGUCUUGGUGAUUAAGAGGGAAGAGGCUAAAUAUUUGAUCAACCCCACUACCUUAGAGUACCAUAGAAUUCCAAAUUUUGAUUUGGCUCUUCCUGUGCCAGGUAGCUGUAGCAUGUAUGGUUUUGGGUACGAUACUCUUAGCGAUGAUUAUAAGGUGGUAACUCUUUCUUAUUAUGAUUCAUUUGAUGAAAAUGAUCCUGCAAUUACGGAGACUUUUGUGGAUAUUUACUCUCUGAGAAAGGGUCUUUGGAAGAGACUUGAGAGUUCUCCUUAUGAUCAUCCACUUAGUGACCGUGCUUCUGGGGUUUUGGUGAAUGGGGUUUUGCAUUGGUUGGCUUGUAAAACUUCUCAGUAUUCAUUUGUAAUUGCUGCUUUUCAUUUAAGUGAUGAGAAAUUCUUGGAGGUAGCAGGACCUACUGGUCUUGGUAGUAAUUACUCACUGUGUAAUCUUGUGGUUCUUAGAGGUUGUCUUUGUAUAUUCACCAGUAUAGGUAAAGACAUGGACACAGUUACAUUUUGGAUGAUGAAAGAGUAUGGGGUUAAGGAGUCUUGGACCAAAUUUACGAUUACAGAACCGAAUUUAGAUAGAUUUAUAUGUACACUAUUGUGUUCAGUGACUGAUGAUGAUGUUCUAUUGGAUGUUGAAGAAGAGUUGGUUGUAUACAAUAUGAAAGAGAAUCAACGUAGGGAUCUGAUGGUUGAUGCAUCUCCUAUUAUGUAUGAAGCUCGAACCUUUAUGGAUAGUCUUGUCUCUCCUUACUUUAGCCAGGGAAACUGAGGUCUAAUGUAUUGUUUGAUGCGCGAGAUGAUGCUGUAUACAGGUAUUACGAGAACAUUUUCCGCUGUAUUAUCCACCUUUAUCCUCUUUCUCCAUUAGAUUAUUCAAAAGCGGUUGUAUUUCAACAGUACUAUCAAGGAUGCACCUUUAGCCAACUAAGUUGCCUUUCUAAGGAGUAUUGCCAGUCUUUCUAAGGAGUAUUGCCAGUUUUUUAUUUUUCUCAAGCUGCUAUCAUGUUACAAAUUAGUCUAUAAACGUAUAGGAUGUAGCCUAAAGUGUAAAUUACAACAUUUCAUGGCUUUACAUCAGUUUAUUGUAAUGCUGCAUAAUACCUUUCAUCAAUUUGCCGUAACAGGAUAUCAACUCGUAUCGACCAAUCAAAUUUGUUGAAUAGUUAGUAAUCAUCUAGAUUCUUAUAUUGAUAAAUCAAAUUCACAUUGUUCUGAUGCAUGCACAGGAAUUAAACUGCUUCCUCUUAGUUCAAGCUGUUUCUUAAAGAUUGUUCAUUAUUCACUGUUUGAGGCCUCCAGAAAGAAGGCAUUCUUUUGCAUUGCACUUCCUCAUGUCUUGGUUCAUUGUCAUUUUGACGUCGUAGAGAAUUGAGAAUUCAAAGAUUUGUUAAUUAUUUGAAGUGAAAUGUCAUUGUAAAUUUACAACGAAAACAAUGUAAAAAACUAAGGUCACUUUUGGAUAUGAGAACUUUGUUGAGGGUAGUAUGUCUUAAUUUUCCGCAAGGGAUGUGAUGGAUAGAAUAUUUGGAUGUGAGAAUUCUUGUCUUAAUGUUGCGUGUAUAUAGCUUUUUGUCUUUUGUUCAUUGCUUUUGGCAUUUUUCUAUGCUUCAUGUCAGAUUAUAUAUUAGGACAUAUUUGUCUAAAGAAGAGUUGAGUCAAGUCAUUGCUUCUUGGUACUGUCAUAAAUUAAAUUACUUUUACCUGAAAAAAAAAAGAGAAUUGAGUCGAGUCGUUCAUCUCUUUUUCCAGGUCUAAGUCCUUUAGAAUCUUGCCAUUUUAUGCUUGAGUGGGUUCAAGACCCAUUUUAGUUGAGCACUUAGCAAACUAGUUAUGUUGAGAUAAAUGCUGAAUUCACAGAUAGGUUCCAAAAAGUGUUAAAUGAACAAAAAAUCCCACAAUAUUUGAGGACAGAUAACACAAAAUGUAUUACAACUCAUGAGCUGAAAGGAAGUACCUCUUUUUCCCUGAUAAGGUAAUAUUUGUACCAAGCUGGUAGAAAAGAAAACAGAAUUCAUGCAAAGACCAACCAGACAAGCUGCUACUCUUUCCUUCCUAACAACUCUAAAAAAUCCAUGUAUUGGUCCAGGCUAACUAAUAGAUUGCGUUUACACCAGAAAAUAAUGAUAAUGCAAACAUAUAUUUUUGACUCUAGAAAUAUGAAAUCUAUGCCCUUCAAAGCAAGCUUUGUUCCUCUCCAUCCAUAAGGUCCAGAAGAUGCAAAGUGGGAUGGUCCUCCAUAUGUGCUUCAGCCUUUGGAAACCCUUUGAUACUGCCAACUUUCUAAUAAUCCCCUUACAUCUUUAGGCAUUAGUCAUUACCAAUAAGAUACCACACAUGUUCAGAAAAAAAUUCCCAACAGUGUUUAGAGAAUUUGCAAUGAAGGAAUAGAUGAUCAACUGUUUCCUGAUCUUCCUCACAUAAGUAGCAUCUAUUGCACAGAGAAAAAACCCUCUUCUGUAAGUUGUUUUGAGUUAGACAUGCUCUCUAGGCUGCAGUCCUUCCCAAACAUGCUACCUUAACUGGAGCUUUUGUUUUCCAAAUCAUCUUCCAAUGCCAAAUAUCAUCCCAAUGACCUAACUCCUCUAACAACAUGCUGUAACAACUUUUAACUGAGAAUAAUUUAUCUUUACUAGCUGUCCAAAUCAAGGAAUCCACCUGACUUUGAUUGAUCUGGACUGAGUUCACCUGCUAGAGUAUCUGAUAAAAAUCCUCUAGUUCCCAAUCACUCAAAUUUCUUCUAAAAUCUAUCUGCCACUAAAUUAUAAACUUCAGAGACUGACAGGAACUGCCACUAAAAACAUCCAAAACAGGACUGAAAACUAGCACUUGCUUAAGAAACAACCAACAUAUGAAGUUCUUUUCACUUGUCUUUGGAAAGAGCGCCCUCAUUAUCGCUCUAGCAAUUGGCAAUUUUUCAUAGAAUUUAAUCAAGCCCACAACCGUAGAGUACCGUAGAAUUCCAAUUUUUCAUUUUGAUCUUCCCAUUCCUGGUAGCUAUAACAUGUCUGGUCUAGGCUAUGAUUUUGCUAGUGAUGAUUAUAAGGUGGUUACUCUUUCUUUUUAUUAUACUGAUAUUGAGCAUGAAAAUUUGGACACUUUUAUGGAUAUCUAAAAGAAUGGGUGUAUGGAGGAGAUCUCAGAGUUUAACUUAUGACCAUGAAGUUCCUUUCCGCUAUUCUGUGAUUUUGGUAAAUGUUGCUUUGCAUUGGUUGACUAGAAAAACUCCUAAUCAUUCAUAUAUAAUUGUUGCUUUUAAUUUAAUUGAUGAGAAAUUAUUGGAUUUGCCAUUACCUACUACUCUUGAUAAAGGUAAUUAUGCGUGGAUUAAGUUUGUGGGUCUUAGAGGUUGUCUUUGUAUGUUCGCUUGGACGCAAUAAAUCAACAUUGAUAUCUGAAUGAUGAGAGAGUAUCCAGUCCUCGACCAGAUUUAAGAUUACAGGACCUAAUAUAGAUUAUGGUAUGAGUCUUUGCCGUCCCUUGUGUUUAACGAGUGAUGAUGAUGUUGUAUUGGAUGUGUAUGGAGACAAGUUGAUUGUCUACAAUGCGAAAGAGGAUCAAUGGAGGUAUAUGAAUAACUACUAUGUUUGAAGGAACUAGAACCUUCAUGGGAAGUCUUGUCUCUCCUACGUUUGACAAGGACAUUGAAGGUUACUUCAUUGCUUGAUGCAAAAUUCUGAGAUGAUGUUGUAUUCAGGUAUUACCCAGACAUUUUCACGAUCUCUCAUUCAUUUGGUGUAUUUUAUUUAAUUUGGUCCCCGUAUUUAAUUCGAUAAUAAACCCCAUAGAGUAUCGUGAAUGGUAAUUCUUUCCUCAUAAAGCCUAAAUUGCGUGGACUCUUCAUUUGUGGUGUUGCACCCGUGUCGACACGACGCCGACACUAGUAUGGGUGUGGGAUACGUUCCGGAUCUGGUCAAUCAACAUUGAGUACUUUGACCACAAACUACUUAGAAAUUAGAGAUAAGAUUUGGCAUUUUGAUUUCUCAAGACAAAAGCUACUGUAGAUUUCUAGAUGAUUACCUACAACUUGAGAACAAAAGAUUGAGUUAUUGCACUCUACAAGCUAAUGUAAGUUUUCAACAUAAUGUUUCAUAUUUAGGCAUAUUUUUGUAGCUUUACUUUUAGAUAUUGCCAAGUCCGCACCCGUAUCUGUACCCCUAAAUCUUAAAUUUAGAUCAUGAAGGAUCCGACCUCUAGAUCCGCACCCAUAUUGGAUACCCGCACCCGAGUCCAAGCAACUUAGCAUAGAGCUUUGUGAUGGUAAUUCUUAUGUCCUGAAGAAAAUAUACAAUGAUUGGCUCAUUGGUUGUAUCAUAUAAAAAUGGAAAUGCUUGGAAUUGUAACUUGCUUCAAUUCAACAUCAUAGAAUGGGGGCUAUUUAAGGGGAAAGAAUAGUUCAAUUUUGAGCACAUGCAGUCUUGAAAAGUAAUAGUUUUAGACGUUUUGACUCUUCUUUGAAUCAUGAUUAACUCAUUUAAAAUUAUUGUUGGCCACUCUGUUGGAUACUGUUUUAAGCAAUACCGACGGUAAAACUGUGAUCUAGCUGCUCUAGAAACUCAAAAAAAAAAAAUUAAAAAGUUAAGUUGUCUACCUUCUUGAUUGUAUAAUUGUCAAGAUCUAUCACUACAAAGACUCUAAGAUAGAUAUUGGUAGCUGUCUACCUCCUUGAUUAUAAUUGUCGAGAUCUAUCACUACAAAGACUCUUAAAAUAGAUAUUGGUAGCUAUCUACCUUCUUGAUUAUAAUUGUUAAGAUCUAUUACUACAAAGACUCUUAAAAUAGAUAUUGGUAGCUAUCUACCUUCUUGAUUAUAAUUGUUAAGAUCUAUUACUACAAAGACUCUUAAGAUAGAUAUUGGUAGCUGUCUACCUCCUUGAUUAUAAUUGUCAAGAUCUAUCACUACAAAGACUCUUAAGAUGGAUAUCGGUAAGCCGUUUACCUCCUUGAUUGUUAUUUGUCAAGAUCUAUCACUACAAAGACUCUUAAGAUGGAUAUCGGUAAGCCGUUUACCUCCUUGAUUGUUAUUUGUCAAGAUCUAUCACUAAAGAGACUCUUAAAAUAGAUCUAUUGGGUAGUAUCACAGCUUAAGAAGCUAACCACCCUGCUGGUUAGUUAUUCAUCGUAUUUUCUAUUACAAUAAAGACUCUCAAGAUAGAUAUCUGUGUUAACAAUACAUUGAUAAGAGUAACUAACAAUGAGAAAAGGCCUUCAAGAAUCUAAGGCAUAACAAUCCCUAUGUUAUUAUUACACAAUCCAUAUAUUUAUAUUGUAAUUUAUGUAUAACUAGCCUGUAAACCUAAGGACCCUUUGGAUUCAUUGAUUCAAGAACAUACCCUAGUUUAACAAAUCCACUUCAGGAUUAUCCUAGUAGUUUCUCCUCUAAAUCCAACUAUAUGGCAAUGAGCAAAGCUGAAAUCGCACCCCAAGAAAUUAUAACUUACUUGCCGACUGCCUGCAAAGUUCAUCUGCCAAUAUAGCUUCGUGUCAACUGGGUAAGUGUUGCUCUCUCAUGUUAUGGCUUGGUCUUUGUGGUGAAUAACAAAACUAUUAAUGUUUUAAUCAAACCCACAACCUUAAAGCACCAUACGGUUCCAAACUUUCAUUUGGCUCUUCCUCUUCCUGUGCCUCGUAACUUAGCCACAACUUUGUAGAAGCUUCCUACUAGGCCAAUUGGUCUAAAAAAUCUUUCAACUCCCUGGCUGCCUUCCUUUUGGGGAUAAGAGCAAUGAUGUAGCCUUAAAACUCUAUUCAAACUUCUCUUGUUUAUGAAAUACUAAAUCGCCUUCAGAAUAUCUUCUUCACAAUUGACCAACAUUUUUGGAAGAAACCCAUGGUGUAUCCACCUCGGCCUGGAGCUUUAUCCCAGGCACACUGGUUAAUGACAUCAAGUACUUCCUCAUCUUUAAACAUUCUCGGGUUUUAGUGUUAACUUUUUAAUUUUCUUUCUGUAGUGAUUUUUGAAUUUGGUCCCCAUAUUUGAUUCACUAAAAUGAUUGCUACUGACCCAUAGAGUCUUGUGAACCUGAAGAAGAUACAGUGAUUAAUUCAUCAGAAAAUAUACAGUGGUAAACUGUAUUACGUAAAAGGAGUCACACAUGCAUAUCAUACUUGAAUUGGUGUCAAUUCAGCAAUAUAGGAUGCUGCUGCUUUAAGGAAGAAAAAUAGUGAACUUUGAGCAUAUGCAGUCUUGAAAGAAAGUUUUAAAUGUUUAGGCUCUUCUCUGAAUCAUAAGCUAAUCUCUCAGAGUGAACUCAACUUGAAUUAUUUUCGGUUCAUCUUCUGUGCUUUACAUUUUAAGCAAUGUGAGGGUAAACUAUUAUGUAGCUGCUCUAAAUUCUGGAAAAGAGUUUAUAUCAUCUAUCUCCUUGAUUAUGAAUACCGAGACUCUAAAGAUCGAGAUUUGGCAGUACUUAUCGCUUAAGAAGGUAACUAUAGACGGAGCGAAUGCUUACUGGACUCUUCAUGCAGAAAUAUCAGGUUUUAAUUUAUUUGCUACAGUAGGAGUGGAUUGUUGGUAGUAGUAUCCACCUUUGUCAUCUUUCUCCUCAAGAUUAUUCAAAAGCUGUUGUUUUUGGCUUUGUUUAGGACUAUAGGGAAAACUAUGCUUGCAAUUCUAAGUAUCAAAGAUGCACCUUUAGCCAAAUCAUUGGCCUUUUUAAUCCAAUAAAAGUAAUAUUUAAACUACAAAAACUCAUUGUUACAAGGCAAGGAUAAUUUAAACCAUUGAAGAGAAACUCCCAAAUUUGUGAGUCUUUCGUGAACCUUGAACCUGUUCUUCUUUUCUCUCUUUUUGUUUCAGCCUGUCAUCAAAGUAACAUAAACUUGCAAGGAAACUAGCACUAUCAAGUGAAAAAAUUACCUGAGUCUGGCAUAAAAAGGGUUUAUAAUGAACUCUUAAUCAAGCUUAUCAUACAUCGAUUUCUUGUAAUGCCACUUAAUACCAAAUUGAUUUUGUUACUGUUGCUUGCACAGGAAUUAAUCUGCUUCCAUGGACAUGUUCUGGUGCUUCUAUUGAUUGGAAUGUUGUGUAUGUGCAGAGGCCGGAAUCUCUAUAUACUUUAAUCCCAAGGGUGUUACUCUUUCAUUAUGCUGUUGCAACCGUUACAAUUUCAAAACUGAAGACAAAUCACCAUGAUAGAAGAAGAGUAUUCGAGGAAAACUUGCACUUAUGAUUUGUAUCUGGUAUAGUACACAAAAGCAGUACUACAGAAAAGAGAAGUCCCCUUUUGAGAAAACCCCUCAUACUUGAGUUUUGUUUUGUUGACUGUCUAUAUCUCAGUUGAGUUUCUCGACAUUAGAUGAGUAGAUGAUCUAAGUAUUUGCAUACUCAUUUGACAAGAGGUGUUUUAAUGUUUCCAAACAUGUUAAAGCAGCAACAUUGUCCUUUGUGUGGCAGUAUCAAAAUUUCUAGCUCUGUUGUAUGUUUUAUUGCUUAUCAGAUAUAACUGUGCUCUGGCUUUAGUUUCA